AUGCGCGUUGAAUUUCUGUUUGAGUGCUUCAUCGUGAUAUCUCGCGUGCUGAUCUCGCAGACUUCAUCAGUGAAUUGGAAUGAUAAGGUAAGCCAUGUUCAUCUUUUUUGUAAGUUCUCCCAUUUUUUCUUUUGUUUUUAAGCUUUUUAUGAUCCAAACUUUUGUGUUUUCCAAAACAGAUCAUGGAAAUUAAAGCAGAAGCUAUCGGAAGUCUGUCAAACCUUUUGCGUGAACGCGGGUAAGUCUCUUGAUUUCAGUUUAUCCAACUAUUUAAGAACUAUUCUUUCGUCUUCUACAUUUGUUAAAUAUUUCAAUACGUUGUUCUUUUCUUUUCCAGCCUUGAGUUACCUGUAACCCUGAGAGACCUGCUAGUCAAUGCGAGGUCUUUAUCAGGGAAGACCCAUAACAAAGAACUCCGAUCAUUUAUUUACAGGGAAAUGUUUACGUUUUUGGUGGUAGGUAAUCUUGAAACCAUGUCUUAAAAAUGAUGGUCUGAUUUUUGUUAGAAUCAGUGAUGUCAUUUAUAACUUUUUGCAGUCGAAUUGAAAUCAACAGCGAAAUAAAGCAUUCGGUUGGGAGCAUGGAAGAAUAUACAUGUACUGAAGGUGUGAAAUUUGCAACUGUGUUCCACGUGUGCUCCAUUUGAUCAGCACUCCGUGCAGUUGCAAAUCGCAAAAGAAUGCCAAGUUUGUGGCUUUUCGAUCCAAAUCAGGAACAUAAUAUAACAUUCUGCUUCCAUUUUUUCUCUCUUUCGACGUUUUGAUCGCUCAAACUUUACCCUGAGAAUCUCUAUGGAUUAAGUUUAUCGAUUGUUCAUCUCAGUCGACUUUUGUCAGUGUAGAAAUGGGCUUAUUCUUUUGUUAUAAACCGUUUUUUCUACUAUGGAGCGAAGAGUAGUGUAAUCAAUUGAUUGUGUUAUUCAGUAGCCCACUAUUGUCCUCACUCUAAGAAGUAGGGUCUACAUCUUCAUGGGUUUAUGCAAUGACUGAAGCUGAUCACUGCAGUAAUGAGAAUCUUUAGAUUUGGGGAUUAGUAACCAAUCCUAAACACUUGUCUCUACAUAAAUACCGAACACUUAGCACACUGAAAUGUAUCUUUCUUUUCCUUUUCCAGCAUCAAAAUGGCAUAGGAGAUGGGUCAUCCCUCAUAUAUCCCCCCGAAAUACUUGACACUAUUCGUCAACUAUAUCCUGGGGUUAUAAAAAAUUAUACACCCAAGAGUAAAAAGGUAACAAAAAUUGAAUAAUUCAACUUAUGUCAAGAAACUAGAGUAAAAUUUUAAGACUUUGUUUCUGUCAUAGAGAAAGAGCUUCUACGAAGUACCUCUGGAGGAGCUCAUCGAAGUUUACAAGGAGGCUGAUAUGAGGGAUGGCUUACAGGUAAGCACUUUUUCCAUGGGUGGAGUGUUGAGCAAACCACUUUUGGCUUACUUAACCUAUGGCCUUCGCAGGAAUGGCUCAGUAUUCUAUGCGAUGAAGCUUAAUGGGUUAUUGACCCAUAUCUGUUUGGCGCCAUAGACCUGGUAGUUCAUCCAGAAAAAAAGAUGGGCAAGGCAGGAAUGGCCAUUGCUUGACUGCAUUUUUUACAGCAAGAGUAAUAUUACUAAUUAUCUCUUUAAUAGUAGAGACAAUCAAAAUGGAAGAUGUGAAAUNGAUGAAGCUUAAUGGGUUAUUGACCCAUAUCUGUUUGGCGCCAUAGACCUGGUAGUUCAUCCAGAAAAAAAGAUGGGCAAGGCAGGAAUGGCCAUUGCUUGACUGCAUUUUUUACAGCAAGAGUAAUAUUACUAAUUAUCUCUUUAAUAGUAGAGACAAUCAAAAUGGAAGAUGUGAAAUGUACAUUAGUCCUAUAUUUGAAUGACAUGAUUACCCUAACACAGGGUUGUCACUAAGAUUUCAAGUUGCCGUGUAAAUACAACAAGUAGGCGGGGAAUCAAACAGCUAAGGAUUUAUUUUGGUUCUAUUUUUCUUGUAUUUUCCAAUAAAAGUAGCCGGGGACCAUUCUCAGUAGCCGGGGAAAAUCCCCGGCCCCCGGAUCUUAAUGACAACCCUGCUAACAAUAGUCCAAAUCCUCCUUUAGCAGGACUGGGUCUUGUCUUUUUUUUGUUACCAUUAAUUUUCCUUGCGUUCAUUUUCUCUCUCCUUUGUUUGCAGCAAGCCCAAGAUGGCCCUAGCUCACCAGCAGCCAAAAGACCAAAAAAGAAUUAUUAA